CUGGCCUCGGAGCUGGCAGACGUUCGGGGGAACAUGGCGGCGGCGGAGCUGGCUGUCCCGGCGCUCUCCAAUAGCGGCGGCGCGGGGGCGCCGUCGGGCACGGUCCCCGUGCUCUUCUGCUUCUCGGUCUUCGCGCGGCCCUCGUCCGUGCCGCACGGCGCGGGCUACGAGCUGCUCAUCCAGAAGUUCCUCAGCCUGUACGGCGACCAGAUCGACAUGCACCGCAAAUUCGUGGUGCAGCUCUUCGCCGAGGAGUGGGGCCAGUACGUGGACCUGCCCAAGGGCUUCGCGGUGAGCGAGCGCUGCAAAGUCCGCCUUGUGCCGCUUCAGAUCCAGCUCACCACCCUGGGAAAUCUUACACCUUCAAGCACUGUGUUUUUCUGCUGUGAUAUGCAGGAACGAUUCAGACCAGCCAUCAAAUAUUUCGGAGAUAUUAUUAGUGUGGGACAAAGAUUGUUACAAGGGGCCCGAAUGUUAGGAAUUCCAGUUAUUGUAACAGAACAGUACCCUAAAGGUCUUGGAAGCACCGUUCAAGAAAUUGAUCUAACAGGUGUAAAACUUGUCCUUCCAAAGACCAAGUUUUCAAUGGUAGUACCAGAAGUAGAAGCAGCGUUAGCCGAGAUUCCUGGAGUCCGGAGUGUUGUAUUAUUUGGAGUAGAAACUCAUGUGUGCAUCCAGCAAACAGCUCUGGAGCUUGUUGGCCGAGGUAUUGAGGUUCAUAUUGUUGCUGAUGCCACCUCAUCGAGAAGCAUGAUGGAUCGGAUGUUUGCUCUUGAGCGUCUUGCUCGAACCGGGAUCAUAGUGACCACGAGUGAGGCUGUUCUGCUACAGCUGGUGGCAGAUAAAGACCAUCCAAAAUUCAAGGAAAUUCAGAAUUUAAUUAAGGCGUGUGCUCCAGAGUCAGGCCUGCUUUCCAAAGUAUAAGGACAUUUGAAGGACUGGUAUGGUACUCACCAUCAGGUGACAGGACUGUAAGCCCACACUAGCUCUUGUCUCUACUAGAAUUAAAAUGUUAAAGUCAAAA